AGCUCCGUGAGGAGGAGCUGUUUCUCAACAGCAGACAACCCCGGAAAGUAAAGUGGGUGUUCAGUGUGUGUGAAGCUGGUCUCAUGUCAGCUCAUGGCUCAGAGGCGACGGAGAAAGUAAAGCCUUCAUUUAUACACCUUUCGGAAAGUCAGCGGUUACUUUUAGCUACUCUCUCAUUUUAACAUCACGACACAGUGCGCAGCAGCAACGCCCCGGGACUGAAAUUAAGCGCUCACUAUGUCUGAUGGGGACUAUGAUUACCUCAUUAAAUUCCUAGCCCUCGGCGAUUCUGGCGUGGGAAAAACGAGCUUCCUCUACCAAUACACGGAUGGCAAAUUUAACUCCAAGUUCAUCACUACAGUUGGAAUAGACUUCAGAGAAAAAAGAGUGAAUUACAAAACAGUGGGUCCAGAUGGCUCUUCAGGUAAAGGACAGAAGAUCCACAUGCAGCUGUGGGACACUGCAGGGCAGGAGAGGUUUCGGAGUUUAACAACUGCCUUCUUCAGAGAUGCUAUGGGUUUCCUCCUCCUAUUUGACCUCACAAAUGAACAAAGUUUCCUCAAUAUCAGAAACUGGAUGAGUCAGUUACAGAUUCACGCAUACUGUGAGAGUCCCGAUGUCAUUCUGUGUGGCAACAAAUGUGACCUGACGGAUCAGAGAGCAGUGAGUGAAGGCGAAGCCCGUGAGCUGGCAGAGAAGUACGGAAUCCCAUACUUUGAGACAAGUGCUGCAAACGGGCAGAACGUCGGCCAGGCUGUGGAGGUUCUGCUGGAUCUUGUCAUGAAAAGGAUGGAACGAUGUGUAGACAAGUCCUGGAUCCCUGAUGGGACCGUCCGAGUCAAUGGCCCCACCAACCCAGACGUCGCAGACAGCUCUGACAGGAGUAGAUGUGCGUGUUAAAGUGAUGAGGAGCCAUUUUGGUUGCAUAUCUGUGUUCAUAACUUGUAAUGCUGAUGUACUUGACAUGCUGUAUUAUUUGUCAGUACAAAGUUAAGUGCAUUUUAAGUAUGGGCAUUUUCAUUUCGAUUCAUGUAACUCUUGAAAAAUUCAUUCACAUAGGAACAUGGGACAUUCAUUUGUUAGGAUGCAUGGCUGAAAUGUCUGACUUCAACCACCAGCUGCAUAUGCUGAUCUUAUUUUCAAGUAUAAACUGUGCCCUCCAAGUUGCAGCAAAUUGAGCUGCCCUGCCAGAUGUGUUAUGAAUAUGCUGUUAAUACUCUUUUUAUGUUAUAAUGUUAGUGUAGACUCGCACUGCGAUUCAAGAAAGAUACUACUUCUCUUUCCCUCUCUGGUGUCAUAUAAAUGUUGACUGUAUGGUAGUUGAGAGUAAUUGGCUGUGGUUGUAUUUUUGCUAAACUUAAGGUAACCAGUUAUGUACUGCUGAUGCCCUUCAGAAUGUCCAGCUGCAGUCUCACUGCUGCCACUGCUAGAAAAAAAAUGUGUCUCAAAUGGACUGUUUAAUGUUAACUAGUUAUCACUUUCUUUUCAAAAUCCACAGUAAUGCAUGUUUGCCUCCAAAACAUGAAUUGUGGACUACAGUCUGAUAAAGUCAGCAACACUUCAUUAUGUGCAGUGAUGAGUUAACACUGAUGCUCAGUAGUUUGAUAAGAAGAGCAAUAAAUAUGUCAUAAAAAGCAGAAGUAAAAGCUGAGCAGUAACUCAGGCAGUUCAUCCUGCUGUACGAAAGACCCAUGCAGGGUAAAAACAUAAACACAAUUUUAAAUUAAAUUAAAGUAAUUCAAAUGCAAAAUUCUACUGUAGCUUUUGACCGGACAACUUGACUUUUAUCUACCUUUUAAAAUAAAAUAUCAGUUCUGGUGACAAUUCAGUUGAUUGCAUUUUAAUUCAGUGUUGCAGAUUUUUAUAAAAUCCAUCCAAGUUCCAUCUUCAGUCCUGAAAGUGUGCCAUGGCUCUCCCCUCUGCAGCUCCUGUAGGGUCAUUAAAUAACCACCUCACUAUUGUAUUGUGACCAUGAUUCACUUGUAAUGAAGCCCACCGUUUUUAGUUAUAGAAGUUUUAUAGUAAACAGGAUUUUUCUUAGGUGAGAGAGAUACUCUCACCUUGUUCCCAGAGCACAGAAAUGUUAGCAAAUGAGAAAAUUAGUUAUUCCAGGGGUUCCCACAUUGUUUCAUAGUGUGGGUGGUUGGUCACCUUCCCUUAAUCAACAGUCAUCUCUGGGGCCAUAUUGAAGAAUUAGUACCGUUUUAUGAAACAAAAUAUUGAACGUCAGGGAAAACGAGCACAGGUGCUUCUCCAACACAGUUGUUUUCUAAUAAACGUGGCCACUGAUUACGCUGUCAUCCACUAAUUUAAUCAGAUGUUUGACAAAAAAAGAGAAUUUACACCUAGUAAACUGAUUUGUCCCUGCUGUAAUAGUUCCAUACACAAAUCCACAGUAUUUGUAUUUCACUGCCAUUCUGUCCUGUAUAAAAGGGUGCAUGUGAUGUUUUAGGUAAGACACAUGAGUUUAUUUUUCCACUCACAUUUUUAAUCCACAUAUUUGAAAAUCUAUGACUAAAGUUGAAUUUGAUCACAUUUUAAAGACUAAAAUGCAAUAUUUCGUAUUUUCAACUGUGCCAUACACUUUCAUAUGCAAAAUAUGUAAAUUAUGUCCAAAAAUAAACAUUUUUAUUUAUGUAUUCCA